UGUGUGAUAGGUGACAGGCCAUGCCCCACACACACACAGGUGGCACAGGCCGCCGUGCUGCCGCACACACGCGUGUGCGCGCCCCGGAGCUCGGUGUGCGGCCGCUGCCGCGCACGAGGGCGUGGACACACGCGUGGGGACACGCGUGUGCCACGGGCCGGGCGGGACGCGCUCCGCAGGGCACACGCGUGCUCUGCGUGCAGCUGCACGUCAGCCUGCCACACUCACAGACACGCGUGUGCAGGACACGCGCACACACGCACGCCUCUGCCCUUGCCCACGCACGCGUGCGGGUGUAGCAGGCCCGGGUUGGGGGGGGGUCACUCAGCGGGGACGUGCGGGGAUGAAUCACGCCGGGCCGGGGCCGCGCUGAGUCACCGGCGGCGCCGCGGGGCCCGGCCGGGUGACGCGGGGGCACACGCGUGUGCACAUGUGACACGCGCGGAGAAACGGGGUGCGUGGCCCUUUAAGGGGCGCGGCCGCGCUUCCUGCCCGCCGCCAGGGGGCGCGCGGUGCCGCAGGGGAAGUUCCGCCCCUUCCCCCGGGGGCCGCGGGUUCGAGUCCCGGCCCCGCCGCUUCCGCCUCCGGGGCCGGGCCGGGGUCGCGGCGCUGCCAUGUCCUGCCACUUCCAGAAGCUUUUUGGGACCGACGGGGAGCUGGAGGACGAGGAUUUCCUCUCCGCUGUGGAAGAUGCAGAGAACCAGUUUGUGACCCCCGGGCGUUCCUCCCCCAGCGUGGUCCCGGUUCCUCCCAGUACAGCCCACCCCAGUACAGCCCACCCCAGUAAAGCCCCCACCCUCCGGCCCCUCGCCGGGCAGGGCGAGCAUCCCGUGGGAUUGCAGGGACCCCCAUGGCGGGGGGCAGCCCCCCAGGACGAGCUGGACAAUGCCCUUUUCCUGGCUGCCUGCAGGGAGCUGGAGGGUCCCGAGGUGCCCCCGGGGGCUGGCACUGCCCCGGUGCCCCCCGGGCGCCGCGAGAAGCCCCCAUGGAAAUGCCCAGGGAAGGAGAACGCUCAGGAAUGUGCGGCCCCCAAAAAGCUCAGGGUGGGAGAGGAGCCGCUCUCGGGUUCUGGGGGGCUGCAGGACAGGCAGGGCCCCCUCCCCAGUGCCAAACUGGUGCUACGGCCCAGCGCGGCCGGUGCCUGUGCCCCCAGACCCCCUCCUCCGAUGGGAGAGCCAGGAAGCUCCCGAGGGUCCCUCCCUGCUCCGGGGGCUCCGUGCCUGAGGCCUGGCCAAGCCCCCCUAGGAAGGAGCAGCUCCUCGGUGCCCUGGACCCCCCCAGCACAGAGCUGCCCCCAGCCCUGGCUGCCCCCCAGACCCUCCUCGGGCCCCCCGAGCACCCCCGUGGUCACCAACCACCUGGUGCAGCUGGUGACAGCGGCCAGCAGAGCCCCCCGGGCAGCCCCCCGAGCCCCCGCCCGCAGGGAGAGCCGGCGCUUCCCGGGGCCCGCCGGGAUCCUGCCCCAGCAGCACUCUGGGAAGCUGCUGGAGGAGAUCCUGGUGUCUGCCCCACAGACUCCAGCUCACGGGGCUGUGGCAAAGCCGCGGGCUCAGGCGCUGCCCAGCUCCCCACUGCCCACGGAGGAGGAUUUUGGGAAGGGGCCCUGGCUGGCCAUGAAGACGGAGCUGGGGCUGGAUGAGAGGGACCCCAGCUGCUUCCUGCACACCUACAGCGUGGUCAUGGUGCUCCGCAAGGCAGCCCUGAAGCAGCUCCCAAAGAACAAGGUGCCCAGCAUGGCCGUGAUGAUCAAGACCCUGACCAGGAGCAGCGCCGGCGCUGGCGCCGUGUUCCGGGACCCCACAGGGGAGAUGCAGGGCACCGUGCACCGGCUGCUGCUGGAGCAGAGGCAGAGCGAGCUCCGGGCUGGCUCCGUGCUGCUCCUGAGGCAGAUUUUUCUCAACUCUUCCUCAAGUUUCACCCUUCACCCUAAGAUCUCCAUAAACGGGGCGCUGCAGCUGGGGGGGUUUACCCAGGAGCUGGCUCUGCCCUCUCUGCAGGUCGGGGUCUUCUCCCCCUCCCACCGCAACCACUACCUCAACGUGACCCCCAACAACCUCCUGCGGGUCUUCCCACCCGAGCCCGAGGGCUGCUCCCCCCAGCAGGUUCCUGCCCAGGCUGAGCUGACCCCAGACCCCCCUGCACAGCCCACCCGGGGUGUCCCCGUUCCUGAGGACUGGGGACAGUCGAGGACAAGUGGCCACAGUGCAGAGCAGCAUCCUGGGGGCUUCUCCCUGUGCCCACCAAGCUCUGAUCCCAGCUGGGAAGAGCGGGUGGGAGCUGAUGGAUGUGACAUGGAUGACCUGGACGGGCUCCUGGGAGAGCUGCCCGAGGAUUUCUUCUCAGCCCCGGCUCAGGUUGACUGUGGCUGAGCCCAGCACAGGGUGACGGUGCCGAGGAGCAGGUGACACACCUGCCACCCACCCACCUGCUUCUCCGUGGUGUUUGUUGUGGAGCUGAGAGCUGGGGACACCCUGGGGAGAAGUGGCCUCAGCACUUUGGGCACACGGGCUCCCCUCGCUCCCAAACCUGCAUUAAAGGGCUGUUUUGUUUCUGCA